AUGCCGAUGGUGCUCGCGGAGCCGGUACCGACCCUGCCCGACGCCGACCAGUUCUGGGUGUACGUGAGCGGCGAGCAGCGGCGCGCCGUCCUCUACUUCGAAUGGAAGGUGCGCGGCGACGGGACGCGGGCGCGCCAGCGUGUGGCGCGCACCGCCUGCUUGGAGGCGGCCGCCGUGCAGCGAGAGCCGGUGUGGCGCACGCUCUCCGGCUGCGGCGGCGCCGUGGAGGUGGCGCUGCGUCACUAUGAGCCGACGUCGGGCGUGCUGACCCUGGGUCUGCUGCUGGCGGAGCGCGUGUUCGUGGAGCUGGCGCACCCGAGCGAGGUGCCGCGCCGCGCCAACGCCGCGUUCCGCGCGCUGAUGCGCCAGCUGUUCGGCCUGCCGGGCCGCGAGUACGAGUUCCGGCCGUUCGGCCCGCUGGACGUGGAGGCAGUGUACGGCCGUCUGACGGAGCAGCGACAGCGGGCGGCUGCCGAGCCGUCCGACGAGCCGCUCCCGCCGGACCCGCAGCACCCGCAGCUGCUGCCGCGCCUGCGGCCCUACCAGCGCGCCGCCGUCGCUUGGAUGCUGCGUCGCGAGCACCGGCCGCCAGCCGAUCCGGCCCAGCUGCACCAGUUGUACGUGCCGCUGCCGCUGGGCGGUGCCACCGUCUACUACUGCCCGCUCGGCGGCUGGGUGGUGCGUGAGCGACCGGCGGCGGUCAGCUCACCGCCCGGUGGCAUCCUGGCCGACGAGAUGGGCCUGGGAAAGACGGUGGAGAUUCUCUCGCUGGUACUCACCCAUACCCGUCAGGACGUGGAGAAGGUGGAACCCCGGGAGCCAGUGGACCUGCUGGCGUACGAGGCGUCCGUCAAGUUGGAGGAGGCGUCGAAGCGGCGGCGGCGGCCCAAGCGGACGUGGUCGCCGUCCGACUCUGAGGAUGACACGCCCGCUGGGAUGGGUGGCCAGGCCGAAGGUCGUGCCGCCAGGCGCGCCUCGCGCUCCGCCGUCAAUGGAGGCGCGCCGGGGGAGCGUCCCACCCGGCAGAGUUGGGCUUCCGGCGGAGAGGCCGACGCGUCCUCGGACGACGACGACGACGUCGUGUACGUGGCGCCCACGGUGAGUCGCGGCGAGCGGCUGAAGCGGAGGCAGGCGCUGCUCGGCGAGCCGGACAAACCGCGGGUGGAGGCAGCCCGCGCCGCCGCCUCCCCGGUCACCCCGCAGCCGCGCCAGAAGGCGACCGCCAAGCCGUGCUCUGGCAUCCCAGAUGACGACACCGUGGCCAAUUGUAUCGAGGACGUGAUCGUGCGCGAGUGCUACGGCGGCGCGGCGCCCAAAGACUAUGUGCGCGGCCUCGGACUACUGCCGCACUGGGCUGAGUUCUCGGAGCGGUUGAUGGGCUCGGGCAGCGACUCUUCGCCGGAGGCUGACGCCGCGAAGCAGGAGAAGGCCAAGGCGAAGCCGGAAGAGGCGGACUCGGUCGCCGACGCCAUCGAGGACGUCAUCGUGCGCCUCUGCUACAACGGCCGGCCGCCGGCGCGGCACCGGCGCGGCGUCGGCGUGGUGAGGGCCCCGCGCGGCCGCCGGUCCAAGGCACCGCCCUCAGACACUAAACGGCUGGCGCAGCUGCACUACGAGAACGUGCUGGCUGAGAUGUCGCCGUUGUGCGCACGGCCGCCGGCCGAGGAGGUGGACCCGAGCUUCUCGUGCCUCUGCGGCCGGUGGCGGGACCGCCGCUACCGCGUGCAGUGCGGUGCGUGCGACACGUUCCAGCACGCCGCCUGCGUCGACUAUAAAGUGGAGGACCCGCUGCGCGGUCCGUACUGGUGCCCGCAGUGCUGGACCCGGCGGCCGCCCGUGCGCUCGGGCGCCACGCUCAUCGUCUCGCCCUCGUCCAUCUGCGACCAGUGGGUGCAGGAGAUCGGCAAGCACAUCCGGCGCGAGGGCCUGCGGGUGCUGGUGUACGCCGGCGUGCGCAGCGACCGCUACAUCCAGCCACAGACACUGGCAUCGCACGACCUGGUGGUGACCACGUAUACGGUGCUGCAGCGCGAGCUGAACUACGCGGCAGUGGGCCGCGCCGGCGGCCAGGCCGGCAAGCGGCGCGUGCAGCGCUACCUGCCGCCACCGACGCCGCUGCUCUGCGUCGACUGGUGGCGCGUCUGCCUGGACGAGGCGCAGAUGGUCGAGUGUCCGACGUCGCGCACGGCCGAGAUGGCGCUCAAACUGAGCUGCGUCAACCGCUGGUGCGUCACGGGCACGCCACUGAGCCGCAGCGUCGGCGACCUGUACGGCCUGCUGCUGUUCCUGGGCGUGGACCCGGUGUGGUGCGAGCUGUGGUGGAACCAGUGCGUCUACUACCCGUACCUGCACGGCGAGUUGGCGCCGCUCGACCGGCUGCUAGAGCGCUGCCUCUGGCGCACGGCCAAGGCCGACGUACUGGACCAGAUCGAGGUGCCCGAGCAGUCCGAGCGGCUCGUGCUGCUCGACUUCUCGCCGGUCGAGUCCUACUUCUACCGGCGCCAGCACGAGGAGUGCUCGCGCGCCGCGCUCGCCCGGCUAGCGGCGCUCGGCGACGACUCGCUGCAGCUGCACGACAUCGAGCGCUCGGCCGUCAACCAGCUGCUACACCCUCUUCUGCGGCUGCGCCAGGCCUGUUGCCACCCUCAGGUGGUGCGCGGCCAGUUCAUGCCGCUGCACAAGUCGACCAUGACGAUGGAGCAGCUGCUGGAGCAGCUGAUCCGACGCGCCACCGCCGAGGCCGAGGAGGCGCACCGGCAGCGCACGGCGGCGGUGCACGGUCUGGCCGCGCUGCACGUGGAGCGCGCCGAGUGGGAGGCGGCCGCCGACCUGUACCGCACCGUGCUGCGCCAGGCGGACGAGCUGCGGGACCGGCUGCAGACCGACAUGCUGCAGCGGCUGCACGCGCUGCACAACCUGGCCGAACUGGUGGCGGCCGGCCGGCCCAUCCCGCCCACCACGCGUGACCACCGGCUGCGCGCCGAGGCGGCCGAGCUGCGCGCCGCCUACGUGGGCCGGCACUCGGCGGCGCAGCUGCGCGACCUGUCCAACGCCGACGGCAACGCCGAGAAACAAGUGGACACGGGCGUCACCAAGCGCACCACGACGCUGAAAGGCCGGACGCCGCCCAACACCAUGAUCGGCCGCUUCAGCAGCGCGUCCGGGCUGCAGUGCCUGCUGGUGGCGCGUCUCAGUCAGCUGGCCGAGCUGCGUGCGCAGACGCAGGAGGCGGUGGCAGCGCUGGCGGCGCUCGAGCCCACCUGCCUGGUGGAGGCAGCCAUCGAUUGCCACCUGCGACCGAGCGGCGGCGCCGCCGACCACUGCCGGCUCUGCGCCGCGCACGAUACCUUCCCGCUGUACGAGCGCGAGCUGUUCUACAUGGUGCAGGGCCGCGUCGACGGCGGCGAGCUGAGCGGCGUUGAGGGCAAGAUCAGCGUGCUGGGCGAGCUGCAGCGCGGCAACUGGGGCGACAACGAGACCGAGCGCGUGCUCAAGACGCUGCUGGCCACGGCGCGCCAGCUGGGCAUGGGCCAGGAGGUGCUCCAGCUUGGCACGCACCACAUCAAGAUGCUGGAAGCCAUGAAGAAGGAGUUCAAGAGCCUGCGCGUGCUGUGGAUGCGGCUGAACGACCGCGUGUCGGCGUCGGACGAGCUGGAGAUGUGCGUCCUGCGGCUGCGCGCGCGGUUCGCCGACGAGCCGGCGCCAGACCUGCCGGUCAGCCGGGGCGGCCAGCAGCUGCCCACCUACGUCAUCGAGCGACACGAGGUGGAGGCGCACAUGGGCCGGCUGAGGGCCGAGCGCGCCGUGGCCGAGAGUGAACUGCGCCGCAAGCUCGGCCAGUGCCUCUACCUGCAGAACCUGCAGCGCUCCGGCACCGACUUCCGCGACGGCAACCCGGACUCGUGCCCCAUCUGCGAGAACACGCUGGGCGACCGGUGGAGCGUGCUGCAGUGUGGCCACUGCUUCUGCAUGACGUGCGUGCAGCGGCUGGUGGAGGAGUUCUCGCUGGGUGGGCGGCGCGGCCGCCUCAAGUGCGCCAUCUGCCGCGAGCUGACGCGCCACGCCGACAUCGCGUACGUGAACGCCGACCGGGCGGCGCCGGCCGGCGACCCGGUGCAGGUGUCCGGCAGCCACAGUACCAAGGUGGAGGCGGUGGUGCGCUGCGUGCUCACCGUGCUGCGCGACGAGCCGGCCGCUAAGCUGCUGGUGUUCGCCACCUGGACGGACGCACUCGACCUGAUCGCGGCCGCGCUCGACCAGAACGGCGUGCAGCACCGCAGCCUGCACGCGCCCAACCGGUUCCAGCGCAGCCUACGCGAGUUCCGCGGCCGCGACGACGUGUCCGUGCUGCUGCUGCCCGUGCACUCGGGCGCCAACGGGCUGAACCUGACGGAGGCGACGCACGUGAUCCUGACGCACCCGGUGCUGGACCCGGGCGCCGAGCGUCAGGCGGUGGGCCGCGUGCACCGGAUUGGCCAGCGGCGCGCCACUGUCGUGCACCGGCUGGUGGUGCGCGACACGAUUGAGGAACGCGUGCUGGCGCUGAACGCCGGCCGGCCGGCCGCGCACGCCGCCGGCCAGGCCGAGCGCGGUCUGACGCUGGCCGACCUGCGCGAGCUCUUCAGGGAUUAG